AUGGCAGCUCCCAAGUUUGAAGGAUGGCUGGGCAAGGACGAAAAGUCCAUCGGCAACAUGGAAUGGGGCGCUUAUGAGCCCAAGAAGUGGACAGAGGAUGAUGUCGAUAUCGAGAUUUCCCACUGUGGCGUGUGUGGUUCCGACCUGCACAUGCUGAGGAGUGGCUGGUACCCCACCCCAUACCCCUGCGUUGUCGGUCACGAGAUCGUCGGCAAGGCGGUGCGCGUGGGCAAGAACGUCAAGCACGUCAAGGAGGGCGACCGCGUUGGAGUGGGCGCCCAGGCACGCACAUGCAUGCGGUCCGAAUGCGCCGAGUGCUCGAACCACAAGGAGACGUACUGCGCCAACGAGAUGAUCAACACGUACGGCAGCGUAUAUCCAGGCGACGAGGGCAAGUCGUACGGUGGGUACGCUGACUACAACCGCACCAACGGACACUUUGUCAUCCCGAUCCCCGAGGGUCUAGCGAGCGAGGACGCCGCGCCCAUGAUGUGCGGCGGCAUCACGGUUUAUUCGCCGCUCAAGAUGAACGGGUGUGGGCCGGGCAAGACGGUCGGCGUGGUAGGAGUCGGAGGACUGGGCCACUUUGCCGUUUUAUUCGCCAAGGCGCUGGGCGCGGAUAAGGUGGUGGGCAUCAGCAGGCGGGGCGACAAGAAGGCUGACGCGCUGAAGCUGGGCUGUGACGAGUAUAUCGCCACGUCUGAGGACGGCGACUGGGACAAGAAGAACUUCCGGACCCUGGACCUGAUCAUCAGCACCAUCUCGAGCUCCAACAUGCCCCUGACCCAGUACCUAAGCCUCAUCAAGACACACGGCACCUUCAUCCAGGUGGGCGCGCCCGACAGCGGCGAGCUGCCGCCCAUCAACGCCUUCACCAUGAUCGGCAGCGGUAUCAAGGUCGGCGGCAGUGCGACCGGCAGCCCUUCGACCGAGAUCCCCGAGAUGCUGCAGUUGGCGGCGGACAAGAAGAUCAAGCCGUGGGUGCAGCUGGUAGACAUGAAGGAGGCCAACCAGGUGACCAAGGAUAUGGAGGCGGGCAAGGCAAGGUAUAGGUAUGUGCUAGUUAACAGCAACUUUGGCAAGCACUGAGUGUUGCGGUUGUCAUCCUUCUGCGAUUUACAAAAAUGAAUAGAAAAUAGAAGAUGAAGUCUUUGGAAAAGAAGAGGGUAGACAUAAAGAACAUAAACGUAAUAGAAUCCAAAAGACAAAUUGGUAUCAA